AUGGCGCCGGGCCAAUACUCCAUGGAUGCCAAACAGCACACGAUGUCCCCUGUGGUGACUGGUGCGACCGUCAUCGGUAUGAAGUACAAAGAUGGGGUCAUUCUGGCUGCGGACACUCUAGCGUCUUACGGCAACGAGGCUCGCUACAAAGAUGUGUGCCGAUUGAAGAAGAUCGGUGAUCACACGUUGCUGGGUGCCGGUGGAGAGAUCAGCGACUUCCAGUACUUGGGUGACCUCUUGGAUGAGAUGGCUGAUGAGGAUUGGCUACAUGAGGACGGCUGUUCGAUGGGCCCGAAGGAGUACUCUUCUUAUAUCGGCCGAGUAAUGUACAAUCGACGAAGCAAGUUCAAUCCCUUGUACAACCAAUUCAUAGUGGUGGGGAAAAAACAGGAUCAGGCUCCGCACUUGAUGUACGUGGAUCAUCAAGGAACUGCUUUCGAAGAGGACUUCGUGGCAACAGGAUUUGGCAUGCAUCUGGGAAUACCCCUGCUCCGCAACAACUGGAAGCCUGACAUGAGCUUGGACGAAGCCAAGGCUUUGGCGACCAAAUGUCUUGAAGUAUGCUUCUAUCGUGAUUGCAAGGCAUACUGCAAAAUUCAGAUUGGCGUGUGUGCUGGCGCCGGAGUCGAAAUCGGUCCUCCAACACCUAUCAGUCAUUUCUGGGGGCACACGGCCUGGACAGAGAACCGCCUGGAGGACGGUGAUUCCACGGGGACAUGGUGA